GAUCUGACCAGCACGGCAGCCAAAGGCACUCUGACCACCCAUGAGGCGGUCGCAUCUUUUAUAACAAAAACUACGUAUAUCAUAUUUACUUUUUAUCCCCAAUACCUAUCACCCUCAUCACCAAGUGCACCCUCACCCCAGACCAAUCCACAAGUGCCAACAUCACAACAGAAGAUGGACGACAAGAAGAAGAAAGAAGAGCCUGGUGACAUGCCCUGAUUCCUCCAUCUUGUCUCCACAACCCCUCUGUACCAAAACCCCAAAAUCUGUGAUUUACCCUAUGUCUUCCCUUCAUCAUUCACACCCGAGUGAUUCUCACAGGUUCCAUCUCCUCAUACAUCGGUGGCACAUCCCUGGAUGGAUCAAAAUCAAGCCACCAAGUGCUUUUGGCAACAUUCCAAGGCUCCCGAGCCCCCCAAGGGUUCUCUCGGUAGCUCGGGGCAUCAGGAGUGAUGUGCUGAGUUCCUACAGUGGUGGGUUGUCAUUUGACUUCUAUUUUGGUUUAGGCUGAUUUUACCUUGGGUAUUUGCACAUCUUCAGCAUGUUUGUCUCUGGGUGCAGCAUAUUUUGUCUAAGCAUUUAAGGCAAUCUUAAGUAAGGGCUGUGCAGGGAGAGAAUUGUUAUAAUUUACAUUUUUCAGAUGCUUUUAAUCCUGCCUCUGUUAGGAGAUAAAAAAAUCCAGAAAUCCGAGGCUAAAAUCUAUGUCUGCACCUCAUUUGGCCCCUACUACUGUAAAAAAAGUAGUAGCAAUAUUGUGUCAUCCUUUGUGCGGCUAAUGGGACAUAAUUCCACAUUUGGGGGCCAUCUGCUGAAAAGAAAACCUCUGCAACCCUUCUGAAUGCACAUAUAAAAACUUGUCAGUAAAAACAGCUUCAUGAAUGAGUUGUGAGAAUAUAUUUUAUCGAAAUUUCAUUAGACAAGGCUUUUUCCUUUACAAAAGCUCAAAUGACUCCAAACAGAAAGAAAUAAGUUUUGGCAGCCAUCUUUCUUUUUGGUACAAAUACAUUGUUUUACCUCUUUUGACUCCAUAUUAAUUAAUUUAAUUUCACUUGAAGAGAAAUAAUACUUUUUUGCAGGAGGAAGAAAGCAAUUGAGAAUUUAUUUCAGUACAAAGAGAUGCAUCUUUACACAGAUUAACUAUGAAAUUAAAGUAGUAACUUUGGUUCUUCUGUUCCAUACCAUGCCCCCACUGAGAUUUCUUGUGUAACCUUGGGCAAAUAGCUAAAAUUGCUUUAGAUUUCAUCUCACUUCCUUCUAAAGGAAGUACUGUCUUACUGACAUGACCCACAGUACUGUUAUAUAUGCAUCCAGAUUUGAUAGAGACUAAAGGAGAAUAGAAAACUUCCCUGUCUUGGAAUCAGAAGGAAAUCAUAAGUUACCAAACUUUGGUGCAUGUAAGGACUUAUGAAUCAGCUUAUUGCUUGCUGGGCAAAAGAUAAGACUAGAAGGGGAAUGAAGGCAACUAUGGAAUGAAGGUACCCAUGUAUCCAGCCACUGAGUACAAAACUACUAGCUGUCCUAAUCUGUGACUAUAAUUGUAAACCAAUGUAGCUCCAGAAUUUGCACCAUGUCUUCUGCCAACUGCUUUCUUACUGCUUUGGCAUCUAUGAGGAGCACUGACCAAGGUUUAGCUAGUGCUUGUAGUUUUCAACGUGUUUUCUCACAGAUCGUAUAUCCAAAAUGUACCUGUGUACAGGAAAAAACGCUUUACUAGCUGUAGAGAUCUUAGCAGCACUAGCAGAGCUGGCUGAUGAAGCCCUAAACCACCCCCACUGACCAGUGCACACACUGAUUCUAGGAAAGGGAACCAAUUAAUCAGCUGUGAAGACAGAGAACCAUACACAAGCUAAUAGGGGAGUGCUCUUGUGAUUUGAAAUAAUGUCCAUACUGUGGUAGCAAAAAUUCUUUUGAUUACUAAAAUAACCUUUUUAAUGAAGAAAUAGCAUGCUCUUCUAUUGCAUUAAAUGGUCCAGUUGCUUAAUGAAAAUGGUUACCUGUCUGACAAAUCUUGUCUUCUUUUUAUCUUUAGGCCAUUAUGGGUACAACACUGCUGCUACUUAAACGAGGCAUUAUGAGUUGUGCAAUUAUAGAGUUAUUUUUUUAAGGUAACUACUGAUUAUUAACAGAAAAUUAACUGUCUAAAUUAGUGUUCCUUUAAUGGUAGUUCUGCAACAGAGUUAUACUGUGGGCUGGGCAGUCAGCAUAAAGGAAGAGCAAACCUCCCAAAUGUAUUGUAAACUUAGGCAAAAACUCACUGAAGUGCAAGAAAGCCCACCUACCAGACCUGUCCCUUAAGCUCUGAAUUCAACUGCAAAAGCAGCUAGUGCCUGAUGAUUCAGAAAACGAGCAAAAUUUAAUCACUUUUUUUGCCUUGCAAUUACAACCUAGUUAAUUGUGUACAACUGUGCAAAAGAAAGAGUGUAAGGAAAUUCCUUUAUUGAGCCUUCCAGCAACUGACUUGUGCCUUGAAGCAUGAGAUUUGUUUACUCAUUUAACUUAUUUUCCCCAGGCAGUUUCUUCUUGAUAGCUUUUGUGUGACAGUUCAAGAAAGUUUCAGGAUGAGUCACAAGAACACUCCACUGCUUGAACCCCAACUUCUUUUAUUACUGAUAUACAUUUCUAUUGAAUGCUACAUUGAGAGCUUUAUAGAUUUUUAACUAGGAUGAUCAUUAUAAGUACAGGGUGUGAUAUUUUUUUUUCACCAGAAUGGUACUGAUGAAUGCAGUCAUCCUCCACUUGCCUUUUGAUUUUGCAGAUUCCUAACAAGCCUUAAAAAUUGAUUCUUUCAUAACCUAGUAACCAGCCUGCUACACUGCCUCAAAAUGUCUUUGAGGAAGUUACAGCAGAGGAAUCACUGCUUACUUUGACGUUUCAGCCAAAGGUCUGGUUUUCAAGCUAUGGACAGGUGGUUCAAUGUGCUCUGGUUACAUCCUGGAAAGCAUCGAAUCCUUAUGACUUCAAUUGUUGUUACAGGUUUGUUCAAAAAGUGUGCAACUUAACAAUCCAUUGGUGUGUUGGUGAAGCUGGUUCAAGAAACAAAGGUCCAGUCUCAAGCACAACUGCUCAUAUCUAGCUGUUUCUCUUCUCAUCAAUCACUCUAAUGCAAGUAAUUUGGGACCUUUUUCAGAAUACAUAGAGGCAUUGGGAAGGAAUAGCUUUCACCUGGAUCAUUUUCUUGAUCUGGUUUUAAUAAAUAAAAAUAAAAAAAAUUGGAUCACCCGCCAAAGAAUGUAACAAGUCAUAGACUAUGAAUCCAAAUGAGUAGUUAAGGCAGAAAAUGGAAGACACCAGACCAGUUUUGCCACCAAUGAAAAGGCUGGGUGUAACAGCACCCAGUCAUCAAUGGGAAGCUUUAUCUCAACCAAGUUUGUCAGACUGGGAAUGGCCUCUCCUCCCACAGGUAACAAAAGGCUGUGGGCUCUGGCUCAUUUGACAGAAAUGCAGUCUUGUCCACACCUGAUGUGAAUAAAAUCUGUGAAGGUAAGGGACCAGGUAAUGCAGAGGUUGUGACUGUGGGUGCCUGCUCAGAGAUUAUUUCAGUUCUGAAGCAGCUGAAGUGAUUUCACCUAUUUUACAGAAGCAUGGCAUUGAAGUAUGGUAACAAAAUGGCAUUUUAUUACCAUUUGCAAUGCUCCUGAUUAAAGCAUGCUUUUUGUAAACAUUUCCACAUUGAUUUCUACUCAUAUGAAUUACCAUGGAAACCAAACUUUUAUCGGGCAUGCUUGUAUACUGAAGGGUGGAGAAUUUUAAAAGCCUCUGUGAUAUGCAGCGCCACUGAUGUUGAAGUACAGUUGCCAUGAAAACUGUUAAUGGACUGUUGAACCCAUCUGUGACUCGUAGCUCUCUUGCAAGUUCCCAUAGACUUUUUCCUGACAUUUUUAAAAUAGCAUUGCUUCUUUUGCUCCAAAAGGAGUUUUCAGCUCUUUAGUUUAUGGAGGUUCUCUUGUUUCCUAAUUUUUAAGUGUUUCCUACUAAUAAAAUGUAAGAUGGAGUUUUUGUUGUUGUUUUAUAUUGCCAGACUCUUGCCUGUUAAACAUUAAAACUUAGCAAGUUACUUUAGGACCUCAGCUACGGCUGAGUACUUAUAAUUACUUUGAGUACUUAUUUUCGAAAUAAGUCCUAUUCUGUAGUUUUAUUUCUUUUGCUGAAAAGGAACAGAUGAUACUGAUUUAGACAAAGUUUUCACAGCAUACAGGUAGCAGGGGAAACAUAUGGUCUGCCUUAUCCAACUUUGCUGCCUUCUCAUCUACUGGGUAGGAACUAAGUGAAGGAAUAUUUCAGCUGACAUAUCACAAGUCCUUCAGAGCAACAGUUUGACCACAAGAGCAAAGUUACAGCUUUCCAUACUUCUAGGAUUCACAUUCCUAGGGAGAUUUUUGCAGACUAUUACUUACAGUUUUUCCCACUUAAAGGAAGAUCAUGUGAGAUGAUGGGAAGGUUGGCUGCUUUUGGUUCUGUCUGUGGCAGGAUUAAAAGCAAUUUUCUGUUCUACCAACUGUGAACAUGCCCUUAACUCUGCAUUUAUUACACACAUAAGCAUUUGUUUUUUAAGUGCUUUGCUUGCUCAGUGAACAAAACAGAGGAGCCAGGUUCAAUGCUAGUGGAAAAUGAAACACUGGGAUGUUUGUGGAGGCAUCACAGAAGAGACCAUCUAGGUUCUGGCCUUUUAGAGUAAUUAGUCUCAACGCUUGUCUUUUUAUAGUAAACCAGAGUAGACACUAGGACAGUCAAGGGCAUCUUUUAAAAAAUAUUCUCUAGUACUGUGGGUAUCACUAUACAGAUUUCAGGUACUAAUGAGUUAUUACCAGGUUUAUAUUGUAGUACAGUUAUGGUUCUAGUCAAGUAAAACACAUAAGGCAGGAAGUGUAUCACAGCAAGCUCCGUUUGCUUGUGGCACACGGGACGAGGCGGUAGCCGCCGCAGUGGCUUACCUGGCCGAGUGCUGGGUGAGCUUUGACCCAUCCCGCAGGACCCCUGCACAGCAGGUAAGUGCUGCUAUCCCCGAAUUCCCUCUUUGGGAAACAUAUGGUGAAAGGUAAAGUGAUGAGGCCACACAGGACGAAACAAGAUCUCUAUGCAGGAUACUUUGGCUCACUACCCUGAGUCCUCUACGCUGGCUCCCAUCUCUCACCGCCGAAGUUUCCUUACCAAGCCUGACGCCGCACAGGCGCUCGGAAAGCAAAGCUUGGUUAUACGCCCUGGGCUGCCAGCACCCAGUGAUUCCCGGGCGAGGGACGACCCCUCCCUGGAGGCUUUAUCCCCUUUUCUUUUCCCCUUGUAACAGCUCCAAGCACCUGAAGGUGGGUCCUGGCACCUCCUGCCGCUUGCCAAACACGAGACGGGCCAGACGCGCUGCUCUUGCAAACACGCUUUGCCUAGCUGGUGCUGGUUUGUAGGAUUACUCUGGUGUGAAAAUUCCUGCAGCAAGGACCGGCCGGUCUUCCAAAGCUCGUUCCCUGCUUUGGAAACAGCAAAGAGCUAGUGGUGGCAGCUACAUCCUUCAGUGAUGCAUGGGGACUGGACGGGGGUCUUUUGGGAUCUCCGUGUGUGUAUACACACGAGGGUGUCUACGUAUUACACACUUUCAUGAGUGUGUUUUUCUCAGGUAAAAAUUUAUCUGGUUCACUCAAAUUAGUGUCAUUUUAACCAUCCAAUAGAAGAGAAAUAUGAUGCCAAACAGAAGUAACCUCUCCUCCUUCCAGAAUGCUGGAUCAGAUUCCAGUAAGAUUAUGGCAGACUAUAGCCACUCACAGAACCAGAUGGAAUUACAAAAUGAUAGUUUGGGAAAGGGUUCUGUGGUGAAUUCCCUUGAAAAUGGUCUCCAGGGUAUUAUGGAAAACCUCAACACAAAGAAAUAUUCAUCAACUCUUAAAUUUAAAACAAAUGGGGACUAUGCUGGCUCUUAUUUAACACUUUCACAACCUAUGCCAAUUAAGCCUAAUCCUUCCACCAGUGUUAAAAAUACACACUCUAUUAACAAAAUUCAAGGAGGCAAGCAGUUCCCCUGUGAAAGCCCAUAUCUUCCAGAUAAAAGCAUCUCUGUAAAGCAUUUGGGUUCCAUAUCAGGCAUGUCUCCAUCCCUCAGCGGGUAUAGUUCUGGAAGGACAGAUUUUGACAUUUAUGCCAGCAGAGAAAAUGAAAAAUCCCUUGGACACAUGGAAAAGUUUCACUACUUGAAGUACAGUCAGAGAAAUAAAUCUUAUGACAACAUCUACUUCCCAGGAAUGCUGGAAUCAAAGAAGAUCUCAGGCUCUCUUCUGACUAUGUGGAAUGGAAGCUCGGGGAACGAGCUGAUGCUUUCACCUGGUAGCAGUUCGGGGGCAGCCAGCAUGCCUUCCAGCCCAAAGCAGGGCAGGAGGAUGAAUGCUGAAAACAGUCUGACCCUUCAUAUAAAGCCAGUAAAGUACAAGGAUGGGAUGAUGGAAACUCUGGAUUCACGGGCGAGGAAAUACUCUGGUGGAUCUCUAAGUCAUAUGGGAAUGUACAGUCGUUCCCUGCCCAGACUUUAUAAAUCAACAGAAAACCAGCUGGUGCCAUUAAGUUUGCCCCCCAGAAGCUCUCUGGGUAAUAGUAAAAGGAAAAAACUUGGAGAAAAAGAUUUACCUCAGAAUGCUUUUGAUGCUGAUAAUUACCUGAAUUUUUCUUCCUGCAGCUCAGGGGUUUCACCACAUGCAAACUCUGUCUCCAGGAGUAAUCCCUAUGUCAGUUCAACUCUUAGUGUUCCUGCAAGUCCUCGUAUUGCUAAAAAAAUGCUUUUAGCACCUUCUUCCCCAUAUCUCCCUGAUGAUUUUGACAGACUUGGAGGCUCAGGAAUAAGUCCCAGUAGUUCUUUCUCUCCAGUGGAAUUUGACAGAUCAUUCUCUGUUGGAAGAAACCUUUCCACCAGUUCCAUGGAACUUGAUGACCCAGAUCUGGAAAGUUACAGACAGACGCCAAAUUCUUUGCAAACAUCCAUGCGAGAGCGGAAGAACAGCAUUAGCUCGAUUUCAGGAAAGGAAGACCUCAUGGACUAUCACAGGAGGCAGAGGGAAGAGCGACUUCGGGAGCAGGAGAUGGAACGGCUGGAACGACAGCGGCUCGAGACAAUCCUCAAUCUGUGUGCAGAAUACUCCAAAUCAGACAGUGAUCCUGCUGCAGCCACUACAGUUGCUGAUGUUCAGAAAAUUAACAAAGAACUCGAAAAACUUCAGCUCUCUGAUGAGGAUUCUGUGUUUGAAGACUCCCAGAUGAAUCUGGAAACAAGGUUCAGAAGCUACUUGAAAUCAUCUGCGAGCGACUCAGAUUUCUCGGAGCUGAGCAGCCACAGCCGUGGCACAGCUGCUUACCUGCCCUCGCGGGGGCUGAGGGCUGAGGAGCACUUCAGUGAGAGCACCAAGCCUCCACCUUUUGCUGCUCACAGCUUCUUGAAGGACGCCACCGAAUCAUCCUACCUAAGCAUCACACCAAAGAUACCAGAAUGCACCAGUGAAGAGCAAAGAAGGCAGAAGCUUAGUCAGCUGGAGGAGGAACGCAUGGUAAUACUGAAUAACUUGGAAGAACUUGAGCAGAAGAUCAAAGACUUAAAUGACCAGAUGGAUGAAUCCUCAAGAGAGUUGGAUAUGGAAUGUGCCCUUUUGGAUGGGGAGCAGAAAUCUGAAACAACAGAGCUGCUGAAAGAAAAGGAAAUAUUGGAUCAUCUAAACAGGAAAAUAGCUGAACUGGAGAGAAAUGUUAUUGGUGAAAAGACAAAGGAAAAAUUAAAACUUGAUGCUGAGAGGGAAAAACUAGAGAGGCUUCAGGCGCUUUACUCCGAGCAGAAGACACAGCUUGAUAAUUGCCCUGAGUCCAUGAGGGAGCAGUUACAGCAGCAGCUGAAGAGGGAUGCUGAUAUUCUGGACAUAGAAAGCAAACACUUUGAAGAUUUAGAAUUUCAGCAGCUUGAACAUGAAAGCAGGUUAGAUGAAGAGAAGGAAAAUCUGACACAACAGCUCCUGCAUGAAGUAGCUGAAUAUCAGCGCAGCAUUGUCAGUAGAAAGGAAAAGAUUUCUGCUCUCAAAAAACAAGCCAAUCAUAUUGUCCAACAAGCACAAAGAGAACAAGAUCAUUUUGUAAAAGAGAAAAACAACUUAAUAAUGAUGCUGCAAAGGGAAAAAGAAAAUCUCUGUAAUCUGGAAAAGAAAUAUUCCACACUUUCUGGAGGAAAGGGAUUUCCUGUCAGUCCCAAUAGUCUGAAAGAGGGCUAUAUCAGUGUAAGUGAAAUUAGUGAGCUGUAUGGCAAUUCCACGAAUAUAUCCCCUUCCACUCAGACCCCCUCAGAUGUUGAAGCAGUUGCCACUGAGCCUUCCACGGCUGUGCUGACGAGCCAGCCACAAAAUAAAGAGCAUUUCAGAAGCCUGGAGGAGCGCAAGAAGCAGCACAGGGAGGGCACGUACCUGAGCGAUACUCUGCCCCGCAAGAAAACAACCCCAUCCGUGUCUCCCCACUUCAACAGUGCCACGCUGGGACGCAACAUUGCAAACAAAGGACAUUUACCAUUAGGACAGAGCAACAGCUGUGGUAGCGUACUUCCUCACUGCCUGGCAACCAUGACCAAAGAGUCAGAGUCAAGAAGGAUGCACAAAGGGUAUAACCAUCAGCUCAUCUGUGAAAACCAAAGACAGAAGUCGCCAGAAUUCUACAGCCGAACAGCAUCAGAAUCCAAUGUGUAUUUGAACAGUUUCCAUUACCCAGAUCGUAGUUACAAGGACCAUGCCUUUGACACAUUAAGCUUAGACAGCUCUGACAGCAUGGAGACGAGCAUAUCAGCAUGCUCACCAGAUAAUAUUUCCAGUGCUAGCACUUCAAAUGUUGCAAGAAUAGAGGAGAUGGAGAGACUUCUCAAACAAGCACAUGCUGAAAAGACUCGGCUGCUUGAGACCAGGGAACGGGAGAUGGAAGCUAAGAAACGAGCUCUGGAAGAAGAAAAACGCCGCAGGGAGCAACUGGAGAAAAGAUUGGAGGAAGAAACGAGCCAGAGGCAAAAAUUAAUUGAGAAAGAAGUCAAAAUACGUGAGAAACAAAGAGCACAGGCCCGUCCCUUGACUCGCUAUUUGCCCGUUAGAAAGGAAGACUUCGACCUACGAAGUCACAUUGAAACAGCUGGGCACAACAUAGAGACCUGUUAUCACAUUUCUCUCACUGAGAAAACCUGCCGAGGCUUUCUGAUUAAAAUGGGAGGGAAAAUUAAAACAUGGAAAAAACGGUGGUUUGUUUUUGACAGAAACAAGAGAACUUUUACUUAUUAUGCAGACAAACACGAAACUAAAUUAAAAGGUGUAAUAUAUUUUCAAGCUAUUGAAGAAGUCUAUUAUGAUCAUCUAAAGAAUGCAUAUAAGGUAAACUUUGUUAUUGCUGUUUUAACUAUGUAUCACACAGAGUACCUUAAGUAUGGUAGCGGCUGUAAAAUUAAAGGGAGAACUAACAUUAUUGGAGGGGAAAAAAACCCAAACAAAUACUUAAAAACAAACCCUGGAGUGGAGGAAAAGGAAGAGGAAGCUAAUCAGUGAUUAGCACUGUUUUGGCAGCUUUUUUCAUACAGAUGGAAGCAGAGAUAAGUGUCUACCUGCAAAGUAGUUUUGCUGCAAGGAGUUCCGUAGUCCAGUGGCAAGACCACUGAAAUCAGCGACUUGGACAAGUCAAGUCAAGGGCUGGCUGCACGCCUCAGUCCCAGGGUGUGCCAGCAGUUCAUGGUACACCCUGCCUCUCAGUUGUAAUUUAAAUGAGCUGUGAACUGUAAAAAUAAUGAAGCCACAGGGGUUUGCUUCUUAGCCAGAUAGCUGAUUCCCCAUA